UGAAUGGAAGUAUAAAUAUACCUAAUCCGAAUUCAGCGUAACGUUUACUAACGCCAUCAUGUCCACUCUACUUCAAUCCUCUUUCAUUUCUCCGAUCACUCCCCGUCUCGCUCGCGUCUCCCUCCGUAACGCCGUCAGAUGCAAUAAUGCCGUAGCCUCUUUGAACUCGGCGAACGGAAUUCCAUAUCGUUCCGCUGAACUUUCAGCUAACGGUUCAACUUCCAUUCCGAGUUUUCUCGUGGCGCCUAACACUCGCAUCCAUGAUCUCGUUAACAGAAAUCGUCUUCGCAUAUUCUCCGGUACCGCCAAUCCCGCACUCGCUCAGGAAAUUGCAUGCUAUAUGGGCCUGGAUUUGGGGAAAAUUAAGAUAAAGCGUUUUGCUGAUGGUGAAAUAUAUGUCCAACUGCAAGAGAGUGUCAGAGGGUGUGAUGUGUUUCUUGUGCAGCCCACAUGUCCCCCUGCGAAUGAGAAUCUUAUGGAGCUUCUAGUAAUGAUUGAUGCCUGUAGAAGAGCUUCAGCUAAAAAUAUUACUGCAGUCAUUCCUUAUUUUGGAUAUGCUAGAGCUGAUAGAAAGACUCAAGGGCGUGAAUCAAUUGCUGCUAAGCUUGUAGCAAAUUUAAUUACAGAAGCAGGUGCAAAUCGUGUUCUUGCAUGUGACCUCCAUUCUGGGCAGUCUAUGGGCUACUUCGAUAUUCCAGUUGAUCAUGUGUAUGGACAGCCUGUUAUACUCGAUUACCUUGCUAGCAAGACUAUUUGUUCAGAUGAUUUGGUAGUUGUCUCGCCCGAUGUUGGUGGUGUAGCUAGAGCACGUGCUUUUGCCAAAAAGUUAUCUGAUGCUCCUUUAGCUAUUGUUGAUAAAAGGCGUCAUGGGCAUAAUGUUGCCGAGGUGAUGAAUUUGAUAGGUGAUGUAAAGGGAAAGGUAGCAGUUAUGGUAGAUGACAUGAUUGAUACUGCUGGGACCAUCGCCAAAGGCGCAGCUCUGUUGCAUCAAGAAGGGGCAAGAGAAGUCUAUGCAUGCACUACACAUGCUGUUUUCAGUCCUCCUGCUAUAGAGAGAUUGUCAAGCGGUUUAUUUCAAGAAGUUAUCAUAACUAAUACAAUUCCAGUUUCCGAGAAGAACUAUUUCCCCCAAUUAACUGUCUUAUCAGUGGCAAACCUUCUGGGCGAGACUAUAUGGCGUGUUCAUGAUGACUGCUCAGUGAGUAGCAUAUUUCUGUAAAAUAGGUCUAGUCUGUUAUUUCUGCAUUCUACCAAUAGAUAAAAGGAGACUACUCUCUAUACCUGCAUGCCUAUAUAUAUGAUCUAUUCAAAUUAAUUAAUUUUGGAAAGAGUUGAGCAUGUAUCUUGGAGUCGGCUCUCCAGUUUAUUGCUAGAAUGUAUUAUUAAUAAAGGCAUGUCUCGCGGUUGAAUUAGAGUUCUACUUAACGAGGGGUAUGCAAGCCUCUUCUGUUUUUAUUAUAAAAAAAAAUUCUGUUGAGCAAUAAUUUUUGCUAGUUUUGUUUCUAUAGGAUAGUGUAGAAUCAAAAGUAUUUAUCUUGCAGAUUAUCUAUCUUAUAU